GGCUGGGAUAAACCCUCUGGAGGGGACUUCAGGGCAGAGGGCGGAUUGGAAGGCUUUGGGACUAGGACACACUUGGUAUUGGGGCUUGGAGCCCUGAAAAUAGACUGGAAGUUAGGAGGUGAGAGGUGAGUGGGUGGAUGUGUCUGCCUUCCUGGUCCACGCCCUGUACUGAUAUGCUCUGUGUAGAUUUCUGUGUAGAUCAGAAGGCCUGGGCCAGGGAGCGGAAGGAAGGGGAAGAGAAGACCCUUUUGGAGCAGAACAUAGGGCGAGUCCUGAAUUUGGGGGUUCCCCUAAGUCCUUUCAGUAACGACCAUGGAAGUGGAGUCUCGGGGGGCAGACUGCCUCUCGUCCCCUCACCCCUUCUUUGCCUGGCAGAUCUCCAGGACACAGCUUCCUUGGCCCUGAAGUUUGAGUUUAACCCAAAGCUGGGCAUUGAUAAUCCUGUCCUCUCCCUGGCUGAAGACUACGACCCUUCUGAUCUCUGGAGCCUGGAACGGCCUCGCUUCUACCUGCUGAAUAAAGAGGAGGGCAGGACUUUUGGCUUCCACCUGCAGCAGCAGCCGGGCAGGGCUGGGCAUGUGGUGUGCAGGGUGGAGCCAGGCUCUUCCGCCCAGCACCAGGGUCUUCGAGAAGGGGACUGGAUCCUGGGGGUGAACAACCACGUGGUGGAACAUGAAGAUUAUUUGAUGGUGAUACGCCGGAUCCGGGCCAGCGGGCCUCGGGUGUUGCUGACAGUCUUGGCGCAGCACGUGAACGAGGUGGCCCGAGCUCAGCGGGGGAACAACGCCCACCUCUGUCCCCCUCUCGGCCAGGGGGUCCGGCCUCGGCUGUGCCACAUAGUGAAAGACGAGGGCGGCUUUGGCUUUAGUGUCACCCAAGGACAUCGGGGUCCUUUCUGGCUAGUGCUGAGCACUGGAGGAGCAGCUGAGCGGGCAGGAGUGCCCCCUGGGGCCCGGCUGCUAGAAGUGAAUGGGGUCAGUGUGGAAAACCUCACGCAUAACCAACUCAACAGGAAGCUUUGGCAGAGUGGCAAGCAGGUGACCCUGCUGGUGGCAGGGCCAGAGGUGGAGGAACAGUGUCGCCAGCUGGGAAUGCCCCUGGCUGCGCCUCUGGCAGAGGGCUGGGCACUGCCCACCAAGCCCCGCUGUCUGCAUCUCGAGAAAGGGCCCCAGGGCUUCGGGUUCGUGCUCCGGGAGGAGAAGGGCCUUGACGGUCGCCUCGGUCAGUUCCUAUGGGAGGUGGACCCAGGACUGCCAGCGGAGAAGGCCGGGAUGCAGGCUGGGGACCGGCUGGUGGCUGUGGCUGGGGAGAGCGUGGAGGGGCUGGGCCACGAGGAGACAGUGUCCAAGAUCCGGGCGCAGGGCUCCCGUGUCUCCCUCAUUGUCGUCGACCCCAAGGCUGACCGCUUCUUCAGCAUGGUUCGCUUGUCUCCGCUCCUCUUCUUGGAGAGCACAGAGGCUCCUGACUCUCCCCGGGGUAGUGGCUCAGCCUCUGUGGUUGAGAGCAAGAGCCCACCUGUCGAAGACACAGCAGUGGCUCCUGUCCCCGGCAACUUCCGCCAGUGCUUCCUGUACCCUGGGCCUGGCGGUGGCUACGGCUUCCGACUCAGCCGUGCGGCCAGCAAGCCUGGUCUCUUCAUCUCCCAGGUGACCCUAGGAGGCUCCGCUGCCCAGGCCGGGCUGCAAACAGGAGACAUGAUUCUGGAGGUGAAUGGGUAUCCCAUGGGUGGAGACAAUGACCUGAAAAGACUUCAGCAGCUGGCUGAGGCAAAGCCACCCCUGUGCCUGAAGUUGGCGGCCAGAUCUCAGCAGGGCUUGGAAGCCUGGAUUCCCCCAGGGUCUAGAGAGGACGGGGUUCUGGCCUCAGAUCUGCUGUAGCACCCCGUGCUUGGCAAUGAUCUGCCCAAGCUUUCCUGUCUUCACCCUCCAGCCUGAGGUGGUAGGAGCUGAGAUGCUCUCUUUAAACCAGAAGCUGCAGCUUUAGGACUCCUGAUACCUCCAGUCACAGGAUUGUUCAAGGUCUCUCUCCCUUCCCAUGGGUCCACCUCCUGGAAGAGGGUGGGCCAGAGCCCUCAGGUGGGCCCAUGAGGGAGCUUCCUGCUUGAUUCUGGAGGAAGUCAUGUGGGGUCUUUGGGAGCUGUGCCCCAGAGAUGAAGAUCUGCUUGAGAUGAGCAGUGCAAUUUUGUGAUUUAUAACAAGAAAUAUAUAUUAGGUUUUUCCUAUCCUUUCCUGGCAGAGAGCUCCUAAAAUCCUUGGGAUUUCCUAAGUAAUAAGAGUGAUAAAGUUGUCUUCUGUUAUUCAUAAUAAGGCUCUUUCAAUUACAGCUAUCCUUGUUAAUGAGGUACCUUUUGGAAAGCACCUAAGAAUGGGGCACUGGUUUCCAGGAGAACCGAUCAUCUAAUUAGCGGGCUGGAACUUUCAGUGCCUCCGCCACCCUCAGUCUCCUGGGAGGGGAGAGGGGCAGGAGGUUGAAUUUAUCACAGUGAUCAGUGGAUUGGUUAAUCAUGCCUACAUAAUGAAGUCUCCAUAGAAACCCAGAAGCACAGGUUCAAAGAGCUUUCUUUGUUGAUGAACAUGUGGAGGUGCUGGGGGUGGCACACCUGGAGAGGGUGUGGAGCUUCCACGCUCAUACCCCAUCCCGUGUAUCUCUUGCAUCUGGCUGUUCUUGAGUUGUGUCCUUUGUAAUAAAAUGGUGAUCUAGUAAGUAAA